GCUGAAGACGAUGAAGCCUCUGAGUACGAGGACGACAGCUGCGCUUCUUCUGGAAAUGAGUGCGAGCAUGAAGCUCCGCAGUCAAACCGCACGUCAGCUUUAGCAGAAAAGAGUACAAAACCUCGACGAAAGCUUGCACAUACUGCAAGAGAAUACGUUGCUCGCCUUCACGAGCAGGAAGACCAAAAGCAUGCCCGGAAAAUGAAGCAAGGCGAAGGGAAAAAACAAAGCGCGAAACGUUUGCGCAAGCGCAAGCUCGCUGCAAGCGAUUCUGGACCCUCAAAGGCUAUAAAGACAGCAAAUGGCAAUAGCUAUCUUUUGGCUGACGGCUCCUCUUCAUCCUCUACCGGUCGUCCGCUACUUCCCGCGGAGUCUAUUAAGGCCAAAACUCAUACAGAUCAAAUGGCUCAACUCAAAGCUAGUAUACCACAGAACUGUGAUACUAGACGCAAAAACACACAAAAGCAGGAUCUUGAUGAGGCUGUCAAAAUCUUUGGCUAUAAAAAGAUCGAAGCUGAUGACGGUGAUUGGAGACUGAAAGGUAUGAAGACAGCAAUGCGCUGCCAUCAAAUUACAGCCGUGGCCUGGAUGAUUAAGAGGGAGUUGGCACGGAUGCAACCUUUCGGUGGACUUUUGGCGGAUGCCAUGGGUAUGGGCAAGACAAUCAUGAGUCUUGCCUGUAUCCUUGGAAACCCACCCGACGAUGAGCAUAUCGCCAAAUAUUGCAAGGCGACUCUUGUAGUCGUGCCGAGCAAAGCAGUCGCCCAACAGUGGGAAGCAGAAGCGCGUAGACACUACAACGAGCCACACAGCCUUAGGGCUUUCAUCUACGACCGGCAGUGCGAAGAUUUACACCAGCGGUGCACACAAAGCCUCAUUGAAGUGAUGAUGCAGUACCCGGACAAUACAGUUAUUAGACAACUCGCUGAGAAGUACGACACCGAUGAUAUAUCUUACCAUCGUGCACUCGACGAGAUCGUGGGUAUUUUGUUUCGCAUCAACUGGUACAGGGUUAUUCUGGAUGAAGCACAUGCAAUCAAAAACGCUGAAAGCCGCACAUCUAAAGCCUGUUGUGCGCUCUAUUCAAAGUAUCGAUGGGCCUUAUCUGGUACACCCCUUUCCAACAGCUCUUAUGAGAUGUAUCCUUACAUGAAGUUCACCCAAUGUGAAUGGACGGCAACCCAGAAAGACUUUCGCGCCAUGUUCUUCAUAAAGACUGAACCAAAUGCGCAAUUCGAGGCAUUGACCAGCCUCAUUAUGUACCGACGUACAAUGGAUGAUUCAUUUUUUGGAAGGCAAAUCAUUAGCCUCCCCGAUCGCAACGAGGUUGAUCUCUGGAUACCUAUGUCGGCAGAAGAACACUUCGUGGUCAGUGCCGUGAACGAUCAUUAUAAAAAAUUACGGGCCAGAAUAGAAUCGGGCACGCUUGGAGAGGGAGACUUGAAAGAUAUCAACGAUGCGGAAGGUGAAGAUGCCACGAAAGAGCAGCGAAACAACGAAAACCGCCGCCGAAAAUCUGCACCCAAGGAGCGCUCGCCACGAAAGGCAUCGUAUUUGCUGACACAUGCCAGUCAAGUGAGGUCACGUCAAUCAACAUCCCAUGUUUUCUGCAUUGAGCGACUUCUUCGCCAAAAUUUCUGUGUAGAAGAGCUGGGUGAAUUAAAGGAGAACCUUGGGAAAAUCGACAAGAUGCAAACAAUUUUGGAGCAAAUGCAGCUCGAUAUGAAAGCAGACGACGAGAUUGCAAAGUAUCGCAAAGGGCUAGAGAUACUGCAAGAAAGAGAAGAAACAUAUUUUGGCAAGUUCUUCGAUAUGGAGCCACUCUUGAAUCUCCUUGCAGCGGAGUGCAGUACGAGGGACGUUACUUGUCUCCUCUGUAAUACAGAAAAACCGCCAGUGGAUCCAAUAUUCUCAUAUUUGGACUGUCCCUAUAAAGAUUGCAACCAGAAGCUCGGUUCAGGACCUGAUAUAAAAACUAUACAAAAAAUAUUGAAACAGUCGCAAGAGAAGAAUAGCGGCUAUAGCGAGCCUGCAAAGGACAGCCUGAAUGCUUCUGUGCACCAUGAUGACGAGCGAAACGGUUUCUUCGUCGCCAGUACAUUUCGUGGAGAUAUCCCGAUACUUCCAAGCACAAAGCUCACAGCAACUAUGGCGGUUGUUCUGACAUGGAUGGAUGAAGCGCCUGACGACAAGAUUCUCAGUAAGUUUGCAGAGCUGAGAGGUUUCUUUGGUACUAUUAAUACUAAUUCAUAUCCCUCUCCUUUCUCUUUCACAGUUUUCACCCAGUUUAUUGGUACAGCAAAGAUGCUGGGACUCAUGCUGCAGACUCUAAACAUUGGAUUCGUGUAUUAUUACGGCGGACUCGCAUCGGCACAGAAGGCUAGAGCCUUGGAGACGAUUAAGACUAGAAACGAGAUAAAAGUGAUGGUUUCCACUCUCAAGAGCGGCGGCCAGUCGCUGAAUCUCACAGCUGCUAAUCGAGUGAUUAUCAUCGAUCCAUGGUGGAACAAGACGGCUGAGCAGCAAGCCUUCGGUCGAGUGGUCAGAAUUGGGCAACAGAAAGUGACUCAUCUUGUGAACAUCAAGACCAAAGAGCCCAUCGACAAACGCAUCUACGAUCUCCAGACGAAGAAAGCCAGAGAUGUGGAUCGUACUCUACAGGACGACGGCCAUACGCCUCAAAUUACGAGCGAAGCUGUGCUCAGAGAAACUUUUUUGCGCGUCAAAGAAGAA